GUCGCUAGGUUUGCCGAACCAACUCCUCAAACGAGACUUAGAAAGAGAAGGAUACGAAAAAGUCCUUUUUGCCCUUUGUCUUUCUGCUUUCUUUCGUUGUUUUCCUGUGUUGUUUCUGAAUGGCGAGUUCUUCCAGAACAACAAAAUCUAGCGGACUAGUGCUUCGUUCUUCUCUCUUACCUUCUACCAAAUUCUGUUCUUAUUCAACGUCAAACGCACAGUUUCGUUCGUCUUCGUCAAGUUUCUUUGAAAAUUCUCACUCGCACAUGCCGCACCGUUCGACUUCCCCGACGCGUGUCAACGUAAUCAGCACGGCACCAUCUCCCUCCGUCCGGUUUGCCCUCGACCGGUCUAUCUCCCCGAGCCGGACCGUGUCGAGCCACGUAAUCGUCAAGAAGAACCACCGCCACGUUACGGUUCAGAAGAAAACGUGCAUGUGUUCCCCUACCAAUCAUCCCGGUUCGUUCCGGUGCAGUCUCCACAAGAACAGUCAACACCACGCACCAGCAGGUUCGUUCCCCUCAAACCGGCUCAACAUGCGCCGGUCCGCGAUGAAAAACUCGCUCGUCAGAAUCGGAGGCGUCGAAGGUUUUGAAUCGCCCUGGGAGAUUCUCCAGUUGCGUUGCUGGAAGAUUUUUGCGUAGAUCUAAGAAGCUGGACUCCAAGAAUUGGUUAUUGUACAUAACAUUUGCUAUGGAAGGAGAAUUUUGGACAAUUUAUUUUCAAUUAAAAUGCAACAAAAAUAAACUAAAAACAAUAAAGGUUAAUAACCUCAAUUCACAUACUCUGAUUCGCACAAUUUCAAUUUUCAGAAUUCCAGUUAACAAUGGAAUUGACGGAGUUUAUUAUGUUUGCCGUUGCCAUUAAUGUUCCAUCG